ACAUGCUGCUCCACCGCUACGUCGUGUCCCGGCUCAUCUGGGCCUACAUGCUGUCCAUUGCCAUGACCUAUUUCAUCACCCUGUGCCUCUUCCCCGGGCUGGAGUCGGAGAUCCACAACUGCACGCUGGGGGAAUGGCUCCCCAUCCUCAUCAUGGCCAUCUUCAACCUCUCCGACUUCGUCGGCAAGAUCCUGGCUGCCCUGCCCUACGACUGGAGAGGGACUCACCUCCUCGUCUACUCCUGCCUCCGUGUCGUCUUCAUCCCCCUCUUCAUCAUGUGUGUCUACCCCAAUGGGCAGCCCACCUUCGGCCACCCCGCCUGGCCCUGCAUCUUCUCCCUCCUCAUGGGCAUCACCAACGGCUACUUCGGCAGCGUCCCCAUGAUCCUGGCCGCCGGCAAAGUGAGCCCCGAGCAGCGGGAGCUGGCAGGGAACACCAUGACUGUGUCCUACAUGACGGGCUUGACGCUGGGCUCGGCCGUGGCCUAUUUUGCCUACAGCCUCACCAGUACAUCCCACAGUACCUGUUUCUACACCGAGAUCUCCAACGGCUCCUUCACACUGGGGUACUGA